CUGGUUGUGGAUCGGUGGCUUUUAGUGUUUACGACUUGCUCAUCACACUCACUUCGGCUUGGAAAAAAAAUCUGAUUCGCAUUUUCAGUAUGUUAUCGCAGCUAACUUUCGUUGUUCUGUGCCUCGCUUUGAGGGAGAGUAGAGCUGUCGAUGAAGAAGUCGAAACGGAUCAAUUCAUAGAAGCAUUAUGCGUUCCAGAUACAAUGAAGGCUAUAGCCCAUUGCGCAGAUCUCUUGCCUCCAACGGGUAAAGAAACUGUGUACAGCUGUGGCAGGAAUGUGAGUCAAACUUUUCAAGAUAGUAUGUUUUUGGCAGCAGAAACUUUUUGUGAUAGAGAAGAUAUCAGAGAUCUGCUUUUCCUAUGUUGGGAGAAAGGUCUGAGUGAAUUAUAUGAAACAUCAAGAGAAGAUGAAGUUGAAGAAGAAAUUUCUAAAGGCAUGAAUGAUUUUCAGGCUUGCCUUCAAGAGAUUCUAGACAGACUGUUUGAAGAGUAGAAAUCCCUCUAGCUAAAUAAGCGUUUUUGUAUCGUCAUUUCCGGUGCGCACUAUUUGCAUAAGAAUAGCGUGCAAAAAGCUGGCUUUGUUUCCAGAAACAAGUUGUUCCACGCCCGCCGGAAUCACAAUUUUAACAUGAAACCCAUGUGACAUGUGCAUCAUUCAUCUGUGUAAUAAUUUGG